GGUGCCGGGUCCGGCAGCCGCGGGGCCCCGACGGCGGAGCAGGGCCGUGCCCCAUGGCGCUGGCGCGGGUGCUGCGCUCCCUCAGCCGCCCGCUGCCCGGGGGCCGGCUCCCUGCCCACCGCCGUUGCGGAGGCGGCCCCGCUCAGCUCCCUCCCGGCGGCUACGGGGCAUGGCAGGAGCGGGCUGCCCGCGACCCCGGCGCUUUCUGGGCCGAGGCGGCUCGGGGCUCGCUGCGCUGGGACAGCCCCUUCCACACCGCCUGCGAGGCCGGCCCGGACGGAGCCGGCGCCCGCUGGUUCCUCGGCGGCCGCCUCAACGUCUCCGUAAAUUGCUUGGAUCAACAUGUCGAAAAGUCUCCGGACAGAGUGGCUUUGAUUUGGGAGAGAGACGAGCCUGGAACUGCAGUGCACAUCACGUACAGGGAACUUCUGGAUCUGACUUGUCGUCUUGCCAACACCCUGAAGAAAUAUGGGAUACGGAAAGGGGACAAGGUUGCCAUCUAUAUGUCCGUGUCUCCCAUGUCCGUGGCAGCCAUGCUGGCUUGCGCCAGGAUUGGUGCCAUUCACACUGUGGUCUUCGCUGGAUUCAGCGCAGAGUCCUUAGCUGGGAGGAUCAUGGACUCUGGAUGCAAAGCAGUUAUCACCUACAACCAGGGAGUCAGGGGAGGCCGAAUCAUAGAGCUGAAGACGACGGUGGAUGAAGCUGUAAAGAACUGUCCGAGCAUCAAACAUGUAUUUGUAGCUCAGAGGACAGAUAACAAAGUCCAGAUGGGUGACCGUGAUGUGCCCCUUGAAGAAGAGAUAGCCAAGGCAGCUUCUGUAUGCACUCCAGAGAGCAUGGACAGUGAAGACAUGCUUUUCAUGCUGUAUACCUCAGGCAGCACAGGAAAACCCAAAGGAAUUGUUCACACCCAGGCUGGAUAUCUGCUGUAUUCUGCUCUCACGCACAAGUACGUGUUUGACUACCAGCAAGGCGAUGUCUUCGGCUGUGUGGCUGACAUUGGCUGGAUCACAGGACAUAGCUAUGUUGUCUAUGGACCACUCUGCAAUGGAGGCACCACCGUGCUGUUCGAAAGCACUCCAGUGUACCCUGACCCAGGUCGUUACUGGGAAGUGGUACAAAGGUUGAAAAUUAAUCAGUUUUAUGGAGCACCUACAGCUAUACGUUUACUGCUGAAUUAUGGAGACAAGUGGGUGAAGAAAUACGAUAGAUCAUCCCUGAAGACCCUGGGAUCAGUGGGAGAGCCCAUCAACAACGAAGCGUGGCAGUGGUUCUACCAUGUGGUGGGAGAAGGGCGCUGCACCCUCGUGGACACAUGGUGGCAGACAGAAACCGGUGGCAUCUGCAUUGCCCCACGGCCUUCUGAGGAGAAAGCUGAGAUCGUUCCAGCUAUGGCCAUGAGACCCUUCUUUGGGAUUUUCCCCGUGCUGAUGGAUGAGAACGGAAAGGUUGUAAAAGGCAAUGAUGUGUCUGGUGCGCUCUGCAUUGCCCAGCCGUGGCCUGGCAUGGCAAGAACAAUCUACGGAGAUCACCAGCGAUUUGUUGAUACCUAUUUCAAAGCAUAUCCAGGUUACUAUUUCACUGGGGAUGGUGCUUACAGGACCAAGGAAGGCUACUACCAGAUAACAGGGCGCAUGGAUGAUGUCAUUAACAUCAGUGGACACAGGCUCGGGACGGCAGAGAUAGAAGAUGCAAUGGCUGAUCAUCCUGAGGUCCCUGAGACAGCUGUGAUUGGGUAUCCACACGAAAUCAAAGGAGAAGGUGCCUUUGCUUUCAUAGUGCUAAGGGAGCAGGCAGCUGAUAUAGACCAUGUCAAAGAAGAGCUCAAAACCAUAGUAGCUACCAAGAUAGCAAAGUAUGCUGUGCCUGACCACAUUCUGGUGGUGAAACGUCUUCCUAAAACCCGAUCUGGGAAGAUCAUGAGAAGACUGCUGAGGAAAGUAGUCAAUGAGCAGUCAAGUAACAUGGGAGAUAUCACCACACUUGAUGAUCCCAGUGUUGUCACAGAGAUACUGGAUGCUUACCAGAAAUACAAAAAAGAGAAGAGUUCUUCAUAGCAGGCAGCUUUGGAAUCUCUCCCCUCUGGAAAUGUGGAGGGUCUUGAAUAACCAGGCAAACAACAUGGUUCUCUCUUGGUGUAUUCUGCAAAACUCAUUUCUGUUAUAGAGGAACAAUAUUUUCCUCUCCACAAAGUGUUUGGAGAUGCCCAGAGCUAGGAAUGUUCUGCAGUCUUGCACCAUCAGGGAACUUCCUUUUACUGCUUUUAGGGCUGAUGUAGAGCAGCCAUUGGUGGUUUCCAUUAGCUAUGAUGAAAAUAAUACUAGCUGAAGCAAGACGAAGUUGUUAAUGUUUCUCAUUUUAAUGCCACUGUACAGGAAAUGUUUUUAUACGAUACUUUUGCUUUUUUAAGAGCAGCCCUGGAAUACACUCCUUCUAUUUUUCCUUCAGCUUGGAUAUCCAAGUUCAAGUAGUUGUAUUUAACUGCAACUGUGGUGCCUUUUCAGCAGUGCUGGGUAUUUUACUAGAUAUUUCACGUGUUAUUAGAGAAAUGAGAAGGACAUGGCUAAUCUGAUAAUUCUCUCAUGUUCUCAUACCUCCUUUGGCUUUCCUCAUAAUGACUUGUUCAUUCCACUACAUUUCCAGGACUUGCCUGAGAUGGUGAGCAUGUGUCCCUUCAUGUCACACCUAGGCAGCCCAGCAGUAGCACUUCUAGCUACAAAACUGAGCCACAAAGCCUAUUCCUGGGCUCCCUGAAAGUCUUCAGUACGCUGCCAGUUGUGUAGGAGGGGGUCUGGUCCCAAGUGUUUUUACUCCGCCUUGAGAGACUGAGAUCACCAACGGGGAUUUUAAAGUAACUGUCCUCUUCCUCAUUGGUGAUGAUGAUUUGUGUAGUUGCCUUUGUUUUUUGAAGUCACUCUGAAAUGGGGACUAUGUUUACAUUUCCGUCUGCUAGAGGAGCAUUGGGAAAUAAAAUCCCGAAGUGUUCGAGAGAGGUUUGAAGCUGAGAGGGAUUUGCUGGAAGGUUCAUUGUGACUUGCUGAGCUCUGUGGUUUCUGGCCAAGGAAUGGUUAUUUUAGUCUGCUCCCAAAAGGCCUGUAACCUGGUUUGCCCCCAACAAAGGCAGGCACCCAGUAGGUUGAUUCUCCUGUCAGAAGUUGUCUUAUCACUUAUCACUUCAACUUGUGCCCUAUCAUGUAUGCCCCUUCCACAUGCUGCUGUGCUGAUCUUCCAGAGAGUUAACUGCGAGGUUGGUACAUACAAACAGCACUAUCCACAAAGUACAAGGAGAAGGAAGUGCCUCUUAGAUGCUUUUUGGAAAGAGAUGGUGAUAUACCAGACCAGCAACCUCAGAAUAACAGGGAGCAAUAGUGUUUGUCUUUCAGAUGCUUUCAAAAAUGCAACUAAUACAUUCAGAGUUUUAUUUCUGAGUUCUUUGGUGUUUUAUUAUGAACUACCGUUCCAGCACACAGGUUCUUCUGUCAAGACUUGCAGUCCUGCCUGUCUUUCUUGUAUGAUAAUCUGCUUAGUUUCAUGGAGCUGCGUGUUUUGACCUGCCAACCCUCUGAGCAAUUGGUAGAAGAGACAAUUUUUGCCACAGUUCUGCAGGAGUGACUUGUUACUGAAUUUGACUGGAGCAGCAUUACCUUUUCAUGUGGGAUUGUGUACAGACAGUCUGUGCACCUAACUGGAGGCAGGAAAAGGAAAUGGCUAGGUGGUCCUGUAGGACUGGGAAAGGAGCAGUGAGUUUUUUGGCCAGCAGAGAUUCUGGUGCCAAAUGGGGAAGCAAACUGCUUGCAGUAGGAUAUGUUCUCAGACUGAUGUGUUGUCUCAGAUCCCAGAGUUCCUCUUGAGUACACUAGCUGCAUUUGCUCUUUUUUUUUUUUAAUCUAUUUUAAAUGUCUCUAGGGACUGGAUAAUGCAGAGUAGGGAAGAUUGUUCUUUGUUAAAAUCCCCAUCUUUCUAACUGCAAUCCAUUUUUGCUUGAGGUAAGUAGAUACCCUGUGGACUUCGUGGGAAGAGGAGGAUCAGAAUGUUUGCUGAAGUUGACAGGAUGUUAAUGUUUUAGGGGACAGCCACUACAUAUAUCCUCUACUGCCAUUGCAAAAGAAAACGCCGUCUUCCUUAAGUGAUUUUUCAAGUGGGAAGCAGACAGUAGUUAAUGCUUUUGAUAGAAAAAGUAGACUCCCUUGUUUAAACAAGUUGUCUCCACACAGUCUGAAAUACAGUGUGAAGAGAGAAAAAUGAUCUUUGAACAAGAUUGCAAGCUUUAUUUUUAGUCAAGAAAGCAUUUUCUAUAUUAUGGAUAUAGAAUCUAUUUACUUGUCCUGGUAACCUGAAAUUUCCAUGCUAAGGCAUGACCCAGUGGUCACAGAUGUGGUUUAAUUCAUCUGAACUGUUUCACAAAAACUGGCUAUGUGAGGAACAAUGUGCUUUGGUGCACUGAGACAUCAUCCAAUCCAUCUGCUCAGGGAAAAGGGGAGAUGGGUGCGCUCCCCCACCUGCAUCCCUGCUGUCUCAACUUGCAUGUGCUUAGGGACCACAGCUGUCAGGGAGGUUACGGACUGACUGUGGCUGCAGCAUCCCAGUAAAUCCACAGGCAUGCCAGUGAUGGUGUGGACUGUAAUUACAAACAGGCCUCACACUGUGAACCUCUGAAGCCUCACAAGUACUUUUUGCUAAAAUCACGUCAAUGGCAUGUGCUAGAGUAGAGUGCCACGUAGAGUGCCAUCCCACACCACGAUGGCCGCUCUGUUUCUUGUGAUUUUUUUCUGCUGAGCCAUGGUCCUUGGGAUGCCAUCUGCUCUGAGGUCCCCUUGGAUGUUCAGAGAGAACACGUGGUGCUGUCACGCUGCUCGCAUGGUGUGCUGCAGUGGACACAGCUCCUGGGCAGCCUCAGCCCCCAACCUCUCCUGGUAAAACUGCUCUUUUGGGAGUAUGCCUGCAUCAGCUCUUGGAGCUAACAGCCAGGGCUCAGUUCAUCUAAUAGCACCCUGAGGCUGGUAGAGACAGAGCUAGGCAGGACUUGGAACUGGUAUUCCCUAGAAAAGGAAAACUAUUGUGCUGCACUGGGUAGGCUAUUUGUAGAAAGUUUUGCCAAACGGAUGAAAUUUUCCAGCCUGAGAACCCACCCUCAUUCUUUUUCUCCAUGACCUCUAACUGCAGCUGUUGCAUCUUCAGUGCAAAAUCUGAGUCAAGUUUUGUAUUUUUGUUAUUCCCUGGAUGUUAUGAACAUCAGCACAGCUGCAUGUUGACAGUGCUUUCUGCUUCCCAUGCAGCUGCACCACCCCUUAGGCUUGUGGUUCAGGGAGGGGCUCAGCCUGCAGAGCUGGCACUGAUGUGCUCAGUUCUUGAAAUGACAGGAGAAAGAGGUCACUUGCAAAGGAAUUCAGGCCUGCUGCCUUUUGAGUUGAUGCUCACUAAUCACUCUAAGAAGGUAAUGAUAUACGGAAUGCUUUACAGAGGGAUCAAGGGACACUCUUGGGGGUAGUUGAUUCAUUUUUGAAAAGCAGAACUGUUGGACUCCUCUAAGCCUUUGUGCAUCCGUGAUUAAUGCGGGGAUAAUUUGCCAGAUUGCAAUUGUAACUUUGUCAAAACAGUUUCAGAGUCAGUUUUACGUGUUGCAAUUUGACGCAAAGGGCAAAUGAAAACUUUCAAAAAGAGAAAUAAUUCCUUCCAGGGAAACAGUGCGUCUCAACAGUGCAACUGUUGUGGCAGAGUCUAGUUGAGAUGUACCCUAGCCAGGCCUGUCCAUCCGGUGCUUACUUUGUUCUUCCACUCAAAUGUACCAGUGAAACACAACUGUGGUGCCUUUUCCCCCACUGGAGGCACAGACCAUGGUUUUCUUAAUUUUAGGGAAGGAAAAGCAAUCUUUCCAGAGAUGAUGUGUUGUACAGAUUAAUGUUAAGCAUUUCAUUUUUUUUAUAAUCAUGCUUUAAACACAUUUAUUAUCCUUGACCAAAAUAAGUUUCUCCAGUGAUCUCUGUAUUCGAAUUGUCAUUAAAAGUAAUCUUUCUC